AUGUCCCAGCCCGCAAAGGCCCCAACGGUCCCAACUACCGCCGCCAGCCCAGCCACGGAAGGGAAGGAAAAGGGGGCACCUGCCUCGGUGCCCGCUCCCGGGCCCACCCCCGCUCUGGUUCCUGCCUCCGUUCCCAUCCCCAGCUCCAAGGUGGGGGAGCUGCCCAUGGGAGGCUUCAGGCUGGUGGUCUUUGACCAGGAAAACUUCCAAGGCCGCCGUGUGGAAUUCUCAGGGGAGUGCAUGAAUCUGGGAGACCGAGGCUUCGACCGCGUCCGGAGCAUCAUCGUCAUCUCGGGACCAUGGGUGGCCUUUGAGCAGUCCAACUUCCGGGGAGAGAUGUUCAUCCUGGAGAAGGGCGAGUACCCACGAUGGGACACCUGGUCUUGCAGCUAUCGUAGCGACUGCCUCAUGUCCUUCCGGCCUAUCAGGAUGGAUUCCCUAGAUCACAAGAUCUGCCUGUUUGAAUGUACCAACUUCAAGGGGAACAAGAUGGAGAUCCAUGAGGAUGAUGUGCCCAGUCUCUGGGCCUAUGGUUUCUGUGAUCGUGUGGGCAGUGUGAGGGUGCCCAGUGGCACAUGGGUGGGCUACCAGUAUCCGGGCUACCGAGGCUACCAGUAUCUGUUUGAGCCAGGCGAGUUCAAGCACUGGAAUGAGUGGUCUGCCUACCAGCCCCAGAUCCAGUCCGUCCGUCGAAUCAGGGACAUGCAAUGGCACCAGAGGGGCUGCUUCCCCAUCCCCACCAGCAUGCCCAAGUGAGAAAAUGGCCCCAGUACGGAGAACCCGGCCAAAGCCCGAGAGGCUCCCACCCGGUAGAGAGCCGUUUGGAUGUCUCAGGGUGAUGGGCUGCCCGGCUCCCUUCCCCUCCGCUGUACCUAAACACGCUCUUGACAAUUUGAAUAAAAGUCUUCCAUGGCCCA